GCGUCGCAGGCGUCGGGGUCCAGCCUCGCGGCGCCCCCGGCGGCCGCGGCGGAGGGCGCCCAGAAGGCGAAGAGGCCCAUGAGCGCCAUGGGCUUCCUGAUGCGAAACCGCGGCGGCGGCAGCAAGGGCCGGCCCUCACCCGUCAGCCGCAGCGCGUCCGACAGCGGCACGAGCACCGCCGUGUCCACCACGCGCACGGCGCCCGACGGGGCGCAGGCCCCGGCGGCCCUCGAGUCGGCGGAGGUGCAGCUGCCGGCGAGGGAGCGCCCCUCCACCGCGCCGGGCGGCUCGGCGGCGUCCGGCGUUCGCACCGUGGUCACAGCCCACAGCACCGCGCAGAAGCAGAAAAAGCCCGUCACGCUCGGAUCGGUUCUCCGGCACGCGGCCUUCGAGGGCAGCGAG